AUGUCACUCUCUACGUCAAGCAUCGAGGCUGCCACUCUGCAAAGCAUCACCACUUGUCUGCAUAGUCUUGGAGUGCAUCCGAAUCCCGAAUGGCUAACAGCAUGCCUCGUCUGGCUGCGUCAGGAGCACGGUUCCGGCCCCGACUGGCCGCAGGCUCUAGAUCCUGAGGCUUUGAGCUGUCUGGUCCUGCAGCAAUGGCUCCACGCGGAUCUUCACGAGAUUGGCUGGCCUUUGCUGCCUACAGAAGGAGGCGACGAUUCGACCGCUUCUGGCCCUCGGCAACCGGGGCCACAGACUCCACCACGUUCUUUUCUUUUAGAGGACGAUCUUUGUCUCCAGGUUAGCCAAUGA